CAUCUACGGCCUCGUUCUGACAAAACUUGAAAAUGGCGGCGGCCCGAAAAUCUGCUUCGGAGAAUAAUGGAAAACUUUUUGUUCGAAAUAUACCUUCACAAUUUUCUGAAGGUGAUAUAAAAGAUUUUUUCAAUCAUUUUGGAGCACAAUACACUACUUGUUUCGGAAAGAAAGGCAAAAUGAAGAAUUCAGCAUUUCUAGCAUUUGCAAAUCAGAAGGAAGCAGAAGUGGCUUUGAAACGACUCCAUCAGUUGGAUCUUCUUGGCUGUUUACUGAGAGCAGAAUAUGCAAAUAAUGACUGUGAGAAAGCAGCUAAUAUUCAUGAAAGCAGAAAAGUAUUGAACAAAGCAUCAAAUGUUGGUUCUUCUAAAAACGAGAAAAACAAUGCAAAUGAAAACAAAGAUGAUCAAAAAGACGAAACUGUGUCUGGAAUAGCUCCAAAGCUUGGAAUACAUCAUUCGUUACCAGGCCACCUGGCCUACGUGUACCCAGCGCCAACAGUCACCAUACUUACAAACAUAGCCAAUGCUUUGGCCUCUGUGCCUCGAUUCUAUACUCAGGUUCUACAUCUUAUGAACAAAAUGAGCCUUCCUCCUCCGUUCACCGGCCCAACAGUAACGCCUCCUUUGCCAGGGGAUUCAGUGGCAUUAAAAGACGAAGCCGUUGAUACAAGUGACCUGCAUUUGUAUGCAUCAAGCGAAGAAUCUGAGCUAGAAAGCGACCAAGAGGAGCGUCCAGCUGGAAAUCUUUUUGGUGACAUGUCCAAGAGCAGUUUAGAGCCGCAAAGAAAAAAAAGGCGUUUAAGAGCAGCUAAUGUGACUGCUGAAAGGCCGAGAAAACCCAAGCAACAACAAGAUGUCGAGAAUGCUUUCGAGCCGUCCCAACAAGUUUCAAUGAAACGCAUCGAGUUUAAACUUGCUGCAAACAUUGCUGCAACUGUCUUGCCCAUGUCUUCACCAGCAUUGACGAUGGAAAAACACACACAAGAAACUUUGGUCCCGAACAGUGGUCAUUCUGAAAAUACUGGUUUUGGAAUUUUUGAGCCGUCACCAGCAGAGGAAGAGGAGGAGGAAGAAGAAUUUCAUGGCGCUGGCGAGGAUUUUGUAUCAUUGGAGGAAAUUCGCUGCAAUAGAAUGACAGAUGCUGAUCUGGAAAUGUUGCCUCAGAUGAAAAAUUACGACAGAGGUCCGCCGUCAAGUCGACUUUACAUAAAGAACCUAGGAAAACAAGUCGUGAAGGAGGAUCUUGAGUAUCUGUUUAGAAGAUUCCUGAAUCAAUAUAGUGAUGUCGAGCGAGAAAUGUUUGACAUUCGAUUGAUGAAGGAAGGUCGGAUGAAGGGCCAAGCAUUCGUCACUUUUCCUACUGAUGAAGUGGCUUUGAAAGCUCUACGCUGUUUGCAUGGAUACGUUCUGCAUGACAGACCAAUGCUCAUUCAAUUCGGACGCAGCAAUAAGUAACGAAAAUGCUUUUAUAAAGAAGGUUACAUCGUGACAUUGCAGUUCAUUAAUGCAAAUAAAGAACUUUCUAAUGAGUAGAUGAAUGCUGAAUCUAUCAUGACUACCUUGAGGUACCCGAAGUAGAAACAGAUUAGCUAAUACUAGCCCCUGAUUUGUUUCUUGCCUGGAUUCUUUUGCGCGGAACACUUACUUGCCAAAUGGAUCUGCUUCUACUCUGACGGUUGUUGACUGAUUUGCCUCCGGUACAGAAUGUUGUAAAUCAAAGUUUAUUUGAAUAUGUUAAUGAAGAUUUGAUAAACAGUAAGUACGAUUUUUGGCGUUUUCCAAGCUUUUCUAUCUACUGUCGAAAACUUGCCGCUGCACACAUAUUUAAAAACAUUUAGGUGGCAAUAAACGAAGGAAUUUUCACGAAGCAUUUUAGAAAAUCGUUUGCAGCUAUCUAAAAAUGAAAUUUUCCAAGUUUUCACCAAAAUUCGGAAAACAUGACUGUGAAUUAAUCUACUGCGAUCAUAGGCACUUGGUUUUAAGUGCUCAAUGUGCUGCAUUGGUAUUUCUUUUGGCAUUUUGAGUUAUGACUAGUGGUGUUUGAUAUUUGUUUGUUGGCUAAAGUACACAGACAACUUAUUUAUUAUUCAGCUCCGAACUCGUUAAGAUUUACAUUUCUUAGCUGCGGUUAGAAACAGAUUAGCGAAUAGAAACCGCUGCUUUGUUUCUUGCCUGGAUCCCUCUAUGAGAAACGCUUAUUUGCCAAAUGGAUCUGCUUCCAGUUUAGCCACAGUUUCAGUUUCUUUUAAGCUUAUUACAAAUAUCUCCUUUGAAAGCUCGAUCUACGCGUGUGUGGAAAACCGCAGGGCUUUUCAUUAGAAUGACAAAAUCUCUCAAAAAUUGUCAGAUUCGUUUCCAGUCAACAGUCAAAAUCGCUUCCAUUGCCAUUUCCUGUUGGUUCAUGUCCUGUCUUGUUAUUUCAUUACAUCAGCAGUGCUGAGGAGAGAUGGGUCAGGGAGUCACUGACCUGGGGGCCCAAGGCAAAAGAGGCCCAUAAACAGUAACUCAAUUGAAAAACUUAUAAGUAAAAAACCAGCCUCUCCAUUAUCACAACCUGCCAAUAAUUGUUACAAUAAUAAAAAUUAUGAAUGAAUAAAGUAAAGCAAAAAUCCUAGUAUGUUAUCUCACUCAAAAAAGCUAGUAGCUUUAGGUAAUUUUCUAGGAAAUUAACAAAACCUUUUUUAACAAAACUGGAAAUCGUUGAGAGCCUGUUUUUGGAUUUCACUCUCAGAUAGAGAUGAAUUUUUUAAAUUUCUUUUGGUCUUCAAUACUUUUAGGACAUUUUGCUCCUCAGCUAUACGAGAGGUUUCUUCCACAGAGAUCGACUAGCUAAACCGUUGUAUUUCAUCUAAGAGGUUCUCAAGGUUUGCUACUCAGCAUUGAUUGUUGUUUGUCUUAGCUGCAAUACUUUAUUCUACAACGUGCUUCAAAAAUUUGAAUCUUUUUGUAAUCAAAAUCAUUGCUUGAACAACUUUAAGUGUUUCGACAAGCUAGCAUUGUCCGUUUCUUACUCUAGAGAGAUAUUAAGCGUUUUUUACUCGAUCUAUUGCUUUUAAGAACUGAAGGUGACUUAAUGCCACUCAAAAAUAAAACCGUGGCGCGCACAUCUGUCUGCAACAGUGGAUCUGAUUUGUUUGAAUUUAGUAAAUAAAAGUAAAUGAAAAUAUAAAGAAUUGCAAAAUAAGUUUUUGGCGCCGCAAAACUUGACGGUUGCACGAAAUACCGGAAACAUUGUAGACAUACUAAGCACUUUUCGUCCGACACUAGUGACCGACAGUAAAACAGGAUCCCGACUUGUGUAGACAGAAAGAGUUCGGUGGUUUCUCUCUUGGACUCUUCAAUAAGGCGCGAGGUUAUUGGUGUGACGUCCUUUCACGUUACUUUCGAUCCACACCUGGUUAUAAAUUCUCAGCUUACUUUCGAUCAUUAACCGACGUUCAUACUUUGAAGAGCGUCAGACGAAAAGUGCUUUAGCAUGCCAUGUUUCCGGUAUUUCGAGCAAUCAUAAAGAAUUGAAAAACUUAUAGCUAAAAUGUUUUUAUUUUUAUGCAUUACGAAAAGUCAGUAAAAAGAUACUUAAAUCAUCCCAGCAUACUGAGAAUAAAGAGCCAUUUCACUUUCAACCCUGUUUUAUUAGAGGAAAUGGAAACUGAAAUCAAAAAGCUUAAUCCCAUACUAAUAUAUGUUCCGAACCCUUACAGGAAAUAUUUAAUAAUUGCAUUGGAAGCCUGAUGACCAAAUGUGCGCAGACGUAUCAUCACUUCAUAACGCAGACGUAUCAUCACUUCAUAAACAAAAAGAAAGUACAGUUAAGAAAAACUACACUCCAAUUAGUGUUUUUCCAACUGUUUCAAAGUUUUCGAGAGGCAUUUAGUCAAACAAGUGGAAGAACACAUAGAACCGUAUUUUUCCAUACUAUUAUGUAGAUUUCGCAAAAGAUAUAACACUCAGUAAGCCUUGGUGCCUGUUUUGGAGAAAACUGCACUUUGCAUUUACGUAGGUGGAAAAGUUAGUGCUGUCAUGAUGGAUCUUUCUAAGGCUUUUGACUGCCUGAGACAUGAUCUCCUUAUAGCCAAAUUGCAUGCCUACGGCUUCAGUUAUGACCCCUUUUCUCUAAUUUACAGUUACUUGCAUAACAGACAACAGAGGAUCAAGGUCAAUGGGACUUUUAGCUCCUGGAAGCAACUUACUGUAGGAGUGCCUCAAGGAUCAUUUAUUGCACCCCUUCGCCUCAAUAUCUUUAUCAACGAUUUGCUUCUUUCCUUGAAUAAUACAGACGUCUGCAAUUGUGCCGACGAUACAACUUUAUUUGCUUGUGAUAUUGAUACUGAUAAUGUUGUUGCUAGGUAAGAACUAGAUUCCGCCCAUGCAAUCAAAUGGUUCUCUGACAAUUAUAUGAAGCUCAAUGAAGACAAAUGUCAUCUAUAACAUUUGGAAAUGUGAGUGAUGACUCUGUUCUGGUCAAAAUUGGCAGUUCUACUCUUACUAAUAGUACUGAAGAAAAAUUGUUAGGAGUUACCUUAGGUAGCAAACUUUCUUUUGCGCAACAUGUAAUAGGGCCGGCGAAACGUAUUUGAAAGUGGAGGGGCCAAAAUAUCGAAGUCUUGAAAGGGCUUAGGAAGGCCGCCACCAUGGUUAACGGCAAAAAAAAAUUUAGGGUUAUGGUGUCUUGGGAUGGUCAGAAACUGUAUCUAAAAUGAAUUUUAACUGAAGGUGUCGCAUAGUCACGUCUAUUGUGAUGUUGACUUGAAAUAGAAAAGUUUUGCAAAGUUUUAAAAUAACCACAAUCAUAUAGCUCGUAAUGAAACCAUUUUUUAGAUUUUAAAGGUACCUGAAAUAAGAUGGGGGAGAAAAAUUAAUGAAACACGGAUUCAUAAAAAACAUUAGCGUUGAAAUGUCAACAGAAGAACUAUCAACUAAAAAAUAAAAAGUUAAGCAAUUUUGUACAGUUAAAAUAUAACUUUGAAAAAUCUUAUCUUAAAUUUUUUGGAAAUUAAGUGCUUAAACAAAAAUUUGAAAAACCUUCAAACUGAGCUUGUCAAAAUGAGUUUAAAUAGGAUUUAUAAUUGCGUCUAUAUUUUCUCUUUCUUAGUAGGAAUGGAUUAUCCAAACGAUCAAACUCUGAAGUUUUCUUGAUGAUUCUUUUUAAGAACAAAUCUGCCCAUACUUUAUUUCUCAUAUCCUCAAAAAUCUUCUUUCCAGCUGUUUCUUUCCUUUCAACAGCUGAUUUCUCUCUUUUUAUAAUGUUUCUGAGAAAGUUUUCGUUAACAAAUAGACCUUGUGUGCCAAGUUUAGGCAAUGGAAAAAAACGAAACUCCGUCAAUUUGUGCAGGCACCAAGUUAUUCUGGACUAGGUUUCUCAAUCUAUUUGCUAAGUCAAGCUGUUACUCAUUGUAAAACUUAGAUCAUGAUCGAUUUCUUGGAUCUAAUUCCCAUAUUCAAUUUUAUGUAUGUCUUGUAUGGUAAAGACAUAGCAACCAAGGUAAAGCUAAGAAAGCAUUUGAGAGAAUACUAGGCAAAGUUACUUACAGAAUCAUAUACUACAUUUAUUUCCACUUGUGCCUAAAAAAUUUUCUUUGGCUCUGCAAAAAAGUGGGGGGUCAUGAAAGAAAUAUUCUGCCCACAAACCAACAAGUAAAACCUCAGAAAUGAUCGCGAAUUUAACUGACCAAGAGUGAAAUCAGUCAUGCAUGGCUCAGAAACUGUUCGAUAUAGGGGUCCACAGUUAUUGUGUACACUCCCAGUCUCAAUUAGACACUCGACUAACUUGAUUGAAUUUAAGACCAAAAUCAAAGCUUGGAAGGGAGAUGAGUGCCAACAUUUAGUAACACAUUUAGGCUUUAUCUGAAAUUUUUAUCCAUUCUGCUUUUUUUGUGAUUUGAAGAAGUUGUCUUUUAUUAGCUAUGCUUGUAAAUAUUUGAUCUUAUACAUGUAUACCUACCUUAUCGUAAGAAGAAAAUCCACACUUAAGCAUAGCCAGUAGUAGAUAUAUAUAAUUAUAAAAGGUAAAAUUAGCUCAAUAUAUGAUGCAAAUGUUUCGCCCCAAACAACAAGGCCAUAUUGUAAGAAGUAAAGAAACAGAAAAUUAUGCAAGCAGAGUAAUGUUCUAGAUAAAUUUUUUGAAAGAUUGGAUUCACAAUAGAUGCUUGUAUCAUCAGCAAAAAGAAAAAAAUUUAAGUUUCUUGGAAGCAUUAGGUAGAUCAUUGAUGUAUAUAAGAAACAUUAAUGGUCCUAAUACAGAUCCUUGUGGAACACCAAAAAAAAUUUUAAGCAAGUCAUAAUUGCAGCCAUUAACAGACACAAAUUGCAUUCUAUUAGAGAUAUAUGAGCUGAACCAUUCUAGUGCACAUCCACAAACACCAUAAUGUUCUAGUUUAGAUAACAAAACACUAUGAUUAACAGUGUCAAAGGCCUUUUGUAGAUCAAUGAAAAAGCCGCAACCAAUCCUUUAAUCGUCACGUGCAUUCCUUACAACCUUUGUUAGACUCACUAGAGAAGAUCAAUGGAAUGAUUUUCUUGAAACCAAAAUUGUAAUGAGAAGAGAACAUCGUGUUUUCAAGGAAUUUAUAGAAUCUUCUAUACAUUAACUUUUCAAAAAGUUUGCUGAAGAUAGAUAAAAAUGAAAUAGGCCUAUAGUUGGAUGGAAUCUCAUGAUUUCCUUUUUUGAACAAUGAAAUUACCUUGGCUAUCUUGAGUUUAUCAGGAAAUAUACCAGAGAGGAAAGAUUGGUUCAAAAGACUAGUAAGAAUUGGUUAUCAAUGAUUUUAAGUAAUUUGAUAGGAAUACUGUUUGGACCUGCAGAUUUUGAUGGGUUUAAAGUGUUAAUUUGGUCAAUGACUUUCAUCUUAGUUACUGGAAAAAGAAAAAUGAAUUAGAAGUUCUGUUUGAUAAGUAGGCAAGAGGAGAUUUGAUAGUCUUUGGGAUUAACUUGUUUACAUCACCAGCAAUUUUAACCAGAGAUUACACUACCAUUUUUAUCUUGAAUUGGGGGGACUAGUCCAUCCCACUUUUUCAGAAAGUUGGUUCUUGAGAUUCUUGCAAACCUGAUGAGAAGACGUCGGGGGGGGGGGGGUUAUGUACGUUAUCUAGAUCGUCACAUUUUAAAGACAUUUCUUGGGAGACAAAAGGUGUUUCCUCCAGAAAAAAAGUUUCAAACAGGAAAAAAAGGGCAUGGACCAAAAAGGCGUGGUCCGUGACACAACCUUUGUCCUUCCCCAUAUAUCUCAGGCUGGAGCCGCCACUGUCUGAUUCUCUUCAUCUUUUGUAUUCUAUUGUUGAUCCAGGGUUUAUCUUUGAGCUUCUUUUCAUUUCUGCUCCGCUUUUUAACUGAAGCAUGUUUAUUUGUCAAAAAUGUAAGAUCAUACAGAAAUCUAUCAAAUUUCUUGUUUAACUCUGUGUCGUUGUUUUCCAAAUAAGUAAAAUCAAGCUUGUUAAAUCCCCCAAAAAAGUUCUUUCUUCAAUUUUAUAGUCAUGUUUUAGAGAUACAGAUUUAUUUCAACUAAACUGAGUAUUUUUCAAAAUGAAAAACUGAGGAAAAUGGUCUGUAACUUGCGUUAGUAUAUUACCACUUCAUAUGUUAGCAUUGGUACAAUUUGUGUAUAUGUUAUCAAUAAUUGAUGCUCUGUUUUUAGAAAUUCUAAUAGGAUGAUGAAAAGAAGGAAGAAGGCUAGUAUAAGAAGAAAAUUAUUGACAAAGUUACUUUUUGGUGUAUGGGAAGCAUAACCUAAGAGAUUAACAUUAAAGUCACCCAUAAUAAAUUCCAGCUUGUUUAAAGAUAAUUUUGAUAGAUGUCUUGAAAAUGAGAAGUCAGGUUAUCAACAUUGGAAUUAGGAUGUCUAUAUACACAGCAAAUACACAAACCAACACCAACAUUUUGAGUAAGUGAUGAAGUCUUGAACAAAGUAUAGCCUGGAAUAUCAACAGUAGAUAAGAUGGGAGUGUCCUUAGAAUGUCAUAUUUCAGACACUCCAAUCACAUCAAGAUCCAAGUUUGUGUGAACAGAUAGAGAAACUAAUUCAUCAUGGCGAAGGGAUAAGCUUCUUAUAUAAGUGUGAAGAAUAGAAAAGUCAUUGGGAAUAACUGUAGGGAAGAAAGUUCAGAUAGAGUGAAGAAGUAAGAAUCGAUAUUAAGAGGCAUAUGUUCAUCGACAUCUUAAUUGCUAAGAUUAAGUAAGUUUAUUAGGUAGGAUAUUCUAAAAACACUUACUGCCUUUAGCCUAAGCAACACCAUAGAACAAGAAAACAAAAAUAUAUUUUUGGAAGGAUUUUGAAAUGUCGCCUAAAUCUCGCAUUAAGGCCGCGCAAUUUCUUAUGAAAAUCAGACCUGUUGGAAAUUAUAAGUUCAAAAAGCCAUAUAAAAUUUGUAAUUAUUGAGAGCAACUUUUGUUAAACAAAGAAUCAUACUUUCGGCUAACUUUGUGGGCCUGACUUCUAAUCCUGAUGCCUUCUAAAUACUUAGAAUAUUUGAGUCUCAAUAUCCUUAUAAAAUAUUUUCCUACCAACAUUUGUGUCUUGUACAAAAUAAUGGGUCACAUCGGCUUAAAAGUUACAGUUUGUCUACUUGCAGCUAUGUAAGCAUCCCCCCAUCUUUCUGUAACGUCUGAGCCGUGUUGAGCGGCAGUACUACUCAACCCCCCAUCUGAGCGGUAAUCAACUCGGUUGUUCAUUGGUUGUCAACAAAAUUUGUAUACAUCCCCCCAGGUUGGCUGUGAUUUCUGAUGAUAUGAUUGGUCUAGGCAGGCUGACUACCGGUCAGUUCAGCUCGAAUCUGCUCUACACUGACUCAACCCCCCUAGCUAGCAAGCAAUAAUUUCAUAAUCCCCCCCCUCCCCACGCUAGCUUUAUCAAUUUAUGCUAAGGAGGUAAAGAGGUUUACCAACAAAAUGGGGUGCUUUGCAUACACUCGUUUUUUUACAAGCAGCGUUGAGAAGUGGGGUCUUUAGGAUUGACAGUAUUGCGGUACAUUGCCCUUUUCUCUGUCGGUAAUUCGUCGAUCUUCCUCAAAUUGGGCGGUAUUUCGGUAAUUGAAAAAUCUUCAGUCACUGUAUUUAGUGAAUCUAAUGCCCAGUGCACGGUAUUGGCCAAUUCCGAAUUAAACAAUGUAGCAGUUUAAUUAAAAGUAUGGGUGAAAUGCUAGCGCUGGUUUCUUGUUGUAUCCAUGUUGUAGCUUUUGUGAUUGUUGUAUCCAUGUAAUUUUCCGAUUAACUCUCAAUUUCUUUGUUCUCUCCACUUUCAACGAAGUAACCCCUAGUUCAAAAAUCUUGCAGUUGCAACUACAAAUGUGCAUGAUAUAAUUUCAGAUUAUUCAUAAUUACUUUUUUCCUCUUUGUUUUCCUCACAAUCUGAAAUGCAGAUUCGCUGGAGACAAUGGACCGUUUAUCGUUUUGCCCACAUGCCAUUUAUACAUAAUAUUUAUUAUAAAAAGUAAACUCGACUUCAGGUGGGGACGCAUAGGAGGGUACCCUAUUUUUGUCAAUGGCAAAUUAAUUUGAAAUACCUACUGUGUAAGAAUAGGUCACAUUUGUUUAAUUUUUGCUUUCGAAAACAGUACAAUCUUAUUAAAAUACAUUCGUGUUGAGCUUUCGUAAUACAGAAAGUUUGUAGUGUCUUCCUUAUAUAUGUAUAAGAGGGAAUACCCAAGUUAGAACUUUGUUCUAUAGGAUUUGCUUGGAACUGAUUCCUAGCCUUUUUUUCUACACGCUGGUACUACUGCUAGUGCUAACUACUUCUGUUUUAUAUAAAGCCAUCAGCAUAGCAGAACAGCGCACUUUUUGAUUUUCAGCUUUUAGGCGUUAAAAGCGUUCCAACUGCCUAAAGAAGAAACUAAAAAAUAUAUUUCUAGCUUAAAAAUUGAAACAAAUUUGGGUCUUUUUUAGUUUUUUCUUUAGUUCCUGGAGUCGAAAUUUUGUCACGUCACGGUUUCGAAGAAUUUUAUUUUGGUGUUCCCGCGGGACCUUUUCUUACACCUCUGCUAUUAAUAAUUAUUAUUAAACAAGUUCUCGUUCGGUCAAGAAAGCUGCCAGGUAAACAGGAUCUCUUCUUCUACAAAGAAUAUCAACGACUUCAACAGGACGCUAAGAAGGCGCUUGUUUCCCUGAGAAAAAUCUUCAAACUUUCUUCUGUCCAGUCUUAACAAAAUCCAUCCGAUUAUGUUUGGGCAGAUCUGCAUGAUCCUUUAUUUUUAGCUAGAUCACAUUAGCUCUAUUAACUUACAGUUGCUGCAAAGCGCAUUAGAAGAUGGAAAUAUUUUCGAUUGCAGGCAUAAAGCUAGAUCAACUUUAAACGGCUUUAUUUCCAUUGAUCUUUACAGUUAUUUUGGAUUCGAUUUAGCAUUUUCAGAAUUGUAGAGCAAUAUUACGUUACUGCUUGAAUAUUAUAUACGUUUUGAUUUAAGCAUUAAAUUUUGGUACCAUUUCAAGAAACAUAUGUCAAUUUCCCCUACAUUUGUUUUAAUUCUCCCCAAAGUUGAUUUAUCAGUAAGACUCAUCUUCACUAAACUGCAGGAAUUUAUAUAAAAUGCAUGAGAUGGGUGGUCUCGGGUUAAAUAUUAUACCUGAAUAGGGGAAUGGGCGCAGCCAAAAAAGUAAUUUUUUUGUACAGCGUCCUUUACGUAUUUGUGCAAAGAUCAGAUGGGAGACUACAGUAUGGAAAAUCAGCUAGAUAUGACGAAGUCUUUUGAAAAUUUAUGUUAGAAAGAUUGAUGAAAAAGGGGACCUGCAUAAGCCUCAUAAUUUGUGAGCGGAUGAGUCUUAGAUGUAUUGUAAAUUUUCCGCUAAUAUAUCGGCAUAUAUUACAUGCUUGAAGAUUUCCCCAGAAAUUACUUGAAAUUCAAACGAAGUUGAUUAGAAUUCAAACUGCAAUUUAUUCGGUAAUUUUCAUUUGGAAAACUCAAUAUUACGGUAAAAUGAACGAAUUCUUGCAGAAUAACGGUAAUAGGGAAUUUUUCUUGCGGAAUCACGGUUUUUGAUACAAUCCAAAGACCCCCUUUCUAAUACUAAAAGAUUCUUUAUUUUUUAUCAAUUUACCGUAAAUUCACUUUUAGCCCCCCAACGGGGCUUAUUGUUUUUCGGCACUUUUAAAGGGGGCUUGAAAGAUAGGGGGCCUUUUUCAGUGGUAGACUAAUUUUUUGCUAUUUGCGAAAUAAUUUUUUGUUAUUUGCGAUCUAUGCAAAUCACACUUCUACAUCAUUAAUAUUGUCAUCGUCGUCGUCAUCGUCAUUGUCUUCUGAAAUCGAGAAUUCGAAAGGGUCGACUUCAUCUCUCUGAGGGUCGACUUCAUCUCUCUGAGUACCAACGGUCUGAAAUUUCUGUAAAAGACUCGCACAUGGUCCAUGCUUAUUGCAUAUUGAAUAUUUGUAUUCGGACCCGUCGCUUCUUGAAGGAACAUCCUUUGAAUUUUGAUUUGAUGAGAAGUAUUGAACAGCCAAUGAAUAAAAUGAAAAUAUCCGUUUUAUGUCAAGUUAACUUAUUUUGGUGUGAGUGGAAUUUCUUGGUUGAGCUGAAUUGAGAAGGGGAGCUCAUUAAAUGUUUUCUCCUGAAAAGGGGUGACAAUGAAAGAGGGGGGCUUAAUUGAGAAGAGGGCUUAAAAGAGAAUUUACAAUAACUCCUGAAGUUUCUUAAAAUGGUUCUCACUCUAUUUUUUUCUGAUCAAUACAGGAGAUUAUUUUUUCAAAACUGUAGGCUCAGUACUAAUUGUAAAGCUUCAAGUAUUUUAACUGGAAAUUCACCUUGCCUGUUAAAAAUGAUUUAAUUCAACUUACUUCCCUUCAUAAAAAUAACAAACGGUGCAAUGGUACAAUUUGAAAUAAAUUAGAUACAGGCCUUCAGAAUAAAAAGCUAUUAGUGAAUGGGUCCGCUCCACUCUAUGAUUUUUAAUCAGGCUUAAAAUUUUUGAAUUUUAAAACCAUAAAUUCCUAAAACAUAGAUACAAAUAUUUGGUCAAAUCAAGAAAAGUCAAAGCAGGCUGUUAAAUUUUUUGAGACACCCCUUUUUAACUUGUGUUUCGUUUGUUGUAAGCAACCAGCUGAGUUCACUCGACUGCCUUACACACGUAAAUUGAAAGUAUUUGGGAAGACUAUAAACCUUGUAUCUAUUGUGAAUAUCAUUUGCAGCAUUGCGAUAAGCAACGCCUGUUAAGCCUUUCAGGAGAGCAUGUUCCACUAUUUCAAAUGUCUUAGCAUAUGCGCAAUGUUAUUUUCUAUUUACUAACACUACAUCUACCUCCUCAGAGCUCC